GCGUGCCGAACCGACUGACAGGCGAGUGUGUAGCGGUGGGUUUAUCGCGCGCCGGCUGUGCGCUGCUUCGUGCUCGCUUCGGGCCGAUACCGGCGCGACGAACCGCGGCAAGUGGUGGGGCACAGCGCGCCGGCUGCACCAUUGCAUGGCUGCAGUCUGCAACGUGCAGUUCUCCUGCGAGUGGCUCUUCGGUCAUUUCAAAGCGCGGCUGCUUUUGUGCGGCAAGCGCAAGCAAUCGCCGCUUGUCUAAGGGACACCCACGCUUUAAUAUUUCGCAGCUUCGUGUCACCCCUUCUUACAAACUGCUAGUAUUGUAUUCUUCUCAUUGUAUUGCACAUCCUUUUAUUCCACACCACUUGUAUACGGACUCCUGUCAUUACUACAUGCAGAAAAUCUAAAUAAAAAUGCUUUACUUUUAAGUAGAUAUUUAAAGGAGAGAAACGUCCGCACCUCAUCGUUUCUCCAUCAUGGCUCAACAAACCGAACGUGAUCUACUAGAAGCCGUCCGUAAGUCGCUGACUGAAUAUGGAGUCAUGGGCCACUUUAAGGCGGAGAUGCGCGCGUCCGUAAUGAAUAUCUUGAAUAAAAACACUGAGCGCCAGGUGCCCCCCGAUAUGCCCGAAGAGACCAAGCUGCUCAACGAGCUGAUCCGUGAGUACCUCGCUUGGAACGGGUACAUGUAUUCCGAGCAAGUGCUUGGUGUCGAGUCCGGAGACAAUGACACUACGAUGAGACGUGAACAGCUCGCCUCCAAGCUGGGGGUUCUCGACGAUCGCAAGACUCAAAAAAUUCCCCUGCUAUACUACAUUUUAUCGUCCUUCCAAAAUGACAAACAAUAAAUAAAACUCAUGUUUUGAUUGUCCUAAA